ACUUGUGCCAUAAACAUUAUAGAUGACAUCAAUGUAUAUUUUCCAUUCAUAAAAUGUAUGGAAGCGAAAGAUACAAUGCCGGAUAAAGCUGCAGAGAAGUGCGCAAAUGCUAUGAAAAUAGAUUUAGCUCCAAUUAUGUCAUGUGCAAACAGUGACAAGGGAAAUUUGCUCGAACAUGAGAUGGCUUUGAAAACGGAAGCAUUAAGACCAAACCAAACGUAUGUUCCAUGGAUCACAAUCAAUGGGGUUCAUACAGAAAAGAUGCAAGAUAUGGCACAAAAAGAUUUACUGAGUCUGAUUUGCGACACAUACAAG